AUGCCUUCUCUCAAGACCGUAGUUUUCGGUCUGGGAGCCUCCCUGGUGGCCUUGGCCGCCGCGGAGGAGCCCAACCUAGCUCCCAGAAUCCCUACUCCCGUCCCCUUCCUUCCGGUGCGCUCAUGCACCGGCACUCUCGAGGCCUGCCCCGGCAUUCCUCGAUCUGAGGUUGAGGAGGGCGGCGACCUGGCUAAGCGCGAUGCUCCCAUCGAGCCUCGUGAGUACCUCGCUCCACGUGGUGGAUGCGAGGCCGCCGGCGAGGUCUGCUACGGAUACGACAAGCGCGAGCUUGAGGUCCUCCGAGAUGCCAUCAAGGAAGAACUUAGCAAGAGAAUGACCACCGAGUCCAUGUUCGUGGACGAGCGCAGUGAAGACGACAAGGAGAACAUUGGUUUUACUAAGCGAGAUAUCGCCGGCUGGAUGUCCAACGUCAAGCGGGAUAUCGAGGAACGCACCGAGGAAGCUGUGGAACUUGCCGAGCGCGGAGAAGAAGAGGAUCUGGACGAACGUGACUUCGAUGACGAGCUCUUUGAGCGCGACUUCGAUGAUGAGGAUCUUCUCUUUGAGCGUGAAUUCGAUGAUGAGCUUUUUGAACGAUACUUCGACGAGGAUGACCUCUUUGAGCGCGACUUUGACGACGAGGAGCUUCUCUUUGAGCGUGACUUCGACGAUGAACUGUACGAGCGUGACUUCGACGAGGAUGUCUACGCCCGCGACUUCGACGACGAGCUGUUUGAGCGUGAUUUCCUCGACCAGGUCAAGGAAGAACUCGCCCUCCGAUCCCUCGAUGAGGAUGACCUCCUCCUCGAGCGUGACUUUGACGAUGAGGAGGCCUACAUUGCCAAGCGCGAGUUCCUGAUUGACUCCAUCAAGGAUGAGCUUGCCCGCCGUUCGUACGAGGACGAUCUCUUCGAACGUGACUUUGAUGAGGACUACCUCUUCGAGCGCGAUUUCGACGAUGAGCUCUACGAGCGUGACUUCGACGACGAGCUUUACGAGCGCGACUUUGAUGACGAGCUGUACGAGCGUGAUUUCUACGAUGAGCUUGAGGAGCGCGACUUCUACGAAGACGAUCUCUAUGAGCGUGACUUCGACGACGAGCUCUACGAACGUGAUUUCGAUGAUGAACUCUUCGAGCGCGAUUUCGACGAGGACUACCUCUACGAGCGUGACUUCGAUGAUGAACUCUACGAGCGGGAUUUCGAUGACGAGCUUUACGAGCGCGACUUUGAUGAUGAGCUCUAUGAACGCGAUUUCGAAGAUGAUCUUUAUGCUCGUGACUUCGAUGAGGACUACUUGUACGAGCGUGAUUUCGACGAUGAACUCUUCGAGCGCGAUUUCGAUGACGAACUCUAUAAGCGUGACUUCGAAGAUGAGCUCUACACUCGUGACUUCGAUGAGGACUAUUUGUAUGAACGCGAUUUCGAUGACGAGCUCUACGAGCGAGACUUCGACGAGGACCUCUAUGAGCGCGAUUUUGAGGAUGAUCUGUAUGAGCGCGAUUUCGACGACGAGCUCUACGCCCGUGACUUCGAGGAGGAUUAUCUCUAUGAGCGCGACUUCGAUGAUGAGCUCUACACUCGUGACUUCGAUGAAGACUACCUGUAUGAGCGCGACUUUGACGACGAGCUCUACGAGCGCGACCUAGACGAGGCAGAGCUCUACCAGCGUGAUGUUCUCGACGCUGUCCGUAGCGAACUUGAGCGCCGCGACUUCGAAGAGGAAGCCUAUGGUCUUUACGCCCGCGAUGAGGAUCUUUACGAGCGCGAGAUUCUCGAAGCCGUUGAGGAACACUUUGCCCGUGCCCUUGAGGAUGACCUCGAGGAGCGUGACUUCGACGAUGAGGACUACCUGUAUGCUCGCGACUUCGAUGAGGACUACCUCUAUGAGCGAGACUUUGAUGACGAACUCUACGAGCGUGAUUUCGAUGACGAGCUCUACGAACGCGAUUUCGAAGAUGAACUCUACGAGCGUGACUUUGACGAUGAGCUCUAUGAGCGAGACUUUGACGAUGAGCUCUAUGAGCGAGACUUCGACGACGAGCUGUUUGAACGUGACUUCGAUGACGAGCUUUACGAGCGCGACUUCGAGGACGAGCUCUAUGCACGUGACUUCGAUGAUGAACUCUAUGAGCGAGACUUCGAUGACGAGCUGUUCGAACGUGACUUCGAAGAGGAUUACCUGUAUGAACGCGACUUCGAUGAUGAGUUGUUCGAGCGUGAGUUCGAUGAUGAACUCUUCGAGCGCGACUUCGAGGACGAGCUGUUCGAACGUGACUUCGACGAUGAACUCUAUGAGCGAGACUUCGAUGAUGAGCUGUUCGAACGUGAUGCCGAAGAGGAUUACUUGUACGAACGCGACUUCGAUGACGAGCUGUUCGAGCGUGAUGAGGAGGAUCUGUAUGAGCGUGACUUCGAAGAUGAGCUCUAUGAGCGCGACUUUGAUGACGAGCUUUUCGAGCGUGACUUCGAUGAUGAGCUCUACGAGCGCGACUUCGACGAUGAGCUGUAUGAGCGCGAUGAGGACGACCUCUGGGAGCGUGACUACGAGGAGGAUCUCUUCGAGCGCGAUGAGUUCGAUGAGGACCUUUUUGAGCGCGACUUUGACGAGGACUACCUUUUUGAGCGCGAUUUUGAUGACGAUCUCUAUGAGCGUGACUUCGAGGAUGAGCUUUUCGAGCGCGAGUUCGACGACGAGCUGUACGAGCGUGAUGAGGAUGAUCUCUUCGAGCGUGAGUUCGACGAUGAGCUCUUUGAGCGCGAUGAGGUGCCCGAGAAGCGUGAGGAGUCCGACUUCGUCAAGCGCGAGGAGGAGGAGUUUGCCAAGCGCGAGGAGAUGGACCAGGCCAAGCGUGCUGAGGAGGAAUCUGUCGAGGUGAAGCGUGAUAUUGAGCAGGAGCAGGUGGUAGAACGUGAUGAGGCCCAGAAGGAUGAUGCCGCAUAG